UUUCUCAUCAAUUGAAAGAAAAGAUAAUAAAUCAAAUCGGCGAUAAAGAAGAAAAAAUCACUAUUAAUCCAUUAAUAUCUAAAACAACUUUGGACAUCAUAGGAUUUAAUUAUGAAAUCAAUUCACUUAAUUCUCGAUCAGAAUUAGCAAAUGCGUAUGAAAAAGCAACCAACAUUAAUACAACAACCUUAGAAAAUUUGAUAACCUUGUUAUCGGGAUACUUUCCCUUUGUUAGAAAGAUUCCAACUGGUAGUAAUGUUCGAUUCAUGAAUGCCGUUAAAACUAUAAGAAAAAUAUCGGAAGAAUUGGUUAAUGAACGAGAAGAUAAGCUUGCAGAAGGUGAACUUAAAGGCAAUGAUCUGUUAACAUUAAUAGUAACAAUGAAUGCGGCUUUACCCAAUGAUGAAAAAGUGUCAAACGAAGAAAUAAAAUAUCAGAUUAUGACAUUCCUUGCUGCUGGACAUCACACCACAAGUCAAUCAUUAUCAUGGACAUUAUAUUUACUCUCCAAACAUCCAGAAAUCCAAGACCGUCUUCGUGAAGAAUUGGUUCAAGCAUUUCCUGAUCCCAACUUUCAACCCACUUAUGAUGAAAUUGAACACUUGAAAUAUUUGGAUAGUGUUGUUAAAGAAACUUUGAGAAUCAUUCCACCUG